CUUGAGACCACUGCUCCGAACGCGAUGGCUGGUUACGAACACCGGCAAAGGACAACAAAGAAUACUUUAGCUGUCUUCAGACAAGCUAGCUGUUAACAUGGAACUACAUCAAGUGGAGUUGCCUGAAAGUUCUGUUAAUGGUGGUAGGCAAUCACGAUCGGACAGAUCGGACCGCGAAGCGUCCAAUCGGUCAGCGCGUCCCGUGACUACCAUGGCUCGAGGAACUCAACAAAUGCGAACUACGAACCGGGUUCGCCGUGUGUUCAAGUCGCCGGAACGUCGGACCUUUGCAGGCCCGACAAAGGGAAGCCGUAGUCACGUGAGGUCGAAAUACGCAAAUGCACCGCUUGCUGAUGAUGAAUACACCGCCGCAGAAGAGUCGGACGAUGUGGACAUGGAGCAAGAAGACGUGAUUGUGCGAAACGCCCCAGCGUUACCGAAACCGCCGAUGUUCAAGGGCUCGACGAAAGCUGAACGUCGGGUGUUCAUGUCGGCGUACGACUUAUGCAGCAACCAGACGUACGCGCUAUCUGCCAACGGCCUGCGCCCGUUCGUGAUGCCGGUUUGUGCGGAUAUGGACUUUGAAUCGAAGUACCGCAUUGUUGUAUGGGACCUCGGUAAAGACCCUGACGAGGUGACUGAAGAAGAAUGGGUUGCGUGGUUCAGGCUCGGUUUCGAAGUCGAACCUCGUGCGUUUGAGAGCCUGAAGAAGCGCGAUAAAAUGGUCUAUUUGCUUCGAUAUGUCGAUUCCCGACGCUGAGUCGCGUGCCGGCAAAAUGUUGGAUGGACUGGUUGCAGAAACGCGCCGCGAUCGGCAGGAAUGGAUCCUCAAGGAAAAAGCACAAACCGUCGUUCAGUUUAUCAUCGACGCUGUGAAGCCCGCGUCUCUACAAUUGGCGGUGGUGGAGCAGAUGUCCAUGACAAGGAACAAGUCGAUGAGAAAGGACGUGCAACUGUUUAUGCGGUGGUUGCGAAAAUAUGCGGUGAAUCACGAGCGAUACAACUGUUACGAGGUUGAGCCCAAGCCUCCUGUGAGGACGGCUGAUUCACGACCAUUGCGUGGGCGAACCGAUCACUUCAAGGACGCAGAUGGCAACGCGCGACAGCCAGCGAACC